UCCAGAUAAGAUUAUUUCAAUUAAUUGUACUUCCACAUUUUAUUAUUAUCUUUUUUGGUUGCAGCUGUUUAAUACAGCUGCAGCUUAAUUUUCUGUGACAUUUCCUUGGUUGCAUCUAUAUAUCUCUUUUCCUUAUAAUCAUCACGUAUAUAUUCUUUGCAAAAAACUAAAGCCCAUAAUUCCAGCCUCGAACAUAUUUUUCAUAUAUUUGUUUUUCCUUUCAAAAUAUGGCUGCUUUUGAGGUAAGGCCAUUGGUGGAACAUGAGGAAGGAUAUUCCGAGGAUCACCAAGAGCCUGGCAGCAUGUGCGGUUCUGGAUGCUUCCAGGUUUUCGAGUUGGGAUGGUGGCAAAGCCACGGCGAAGGCAAAGGCUUGGCAGAGCAAAAGGGAGAGUCCUGGUUGAGAACCAGGUUGAGGAAGAUGAAGGAGUUGUCAGAAGUGAUUGCAGGUCCCAAGUGGAAGACAUUCAUUCGAAAGGUAAAUGGUUACGGCAAGAAGCAGCAGAGGAACAGGUUUCAGUAUGAUGAACACAGUUAUGCGCUGAACUUCAACAGUGGAGUUCCGAGUGAAGACGAAGAUAUGCCUCCCAGUUUCUCAGCAAGGUAUAGCGCUCCUUUUGCAGUUGAACGUGGCCAAACCGAACAAUGAUUGGAGCAGACCCGAAGUUUUAUUAGAUUUUAUCGGUUGAACUUGUUCAUUUGUUAGUCUUUUCAGCGGUAGAGUUAUUCUUAAUUAGUUUAUUGUGUAAAGACCAUUCUUUUGCUCAAGAUUCUUUGCUUUUCGCUUUUCU